AUGUGCGGUAACGAUGAUCAAAUUCUUGGAACAUUUGGCAAGUUAAGCUGCCCUAUGGCCAACGCUGAUGAACUGUUACCAGCGUUCUGGAAUGCAGAUGACUCGGAAAUAAAUAGAGAUCCAAUGGAAAAAGUACAUGUAACCAGAACAUUACCUCGCACAGCCUCCAGCCCUAGUACUGAUUCAGCUACAAACUCUAAUAUACAUUCUGCCACAGACUCUACCGUAGCCACCAUUACAGAUUUAGUAGCGCAGGAAUCUGCUUCUGAGGACAGUGUUGGUUCAGUUCUAAACAGCCUUGACACGAACUACGGGCUGCUGGGAGGGCCAACACACCAGAAAUUUGGAUGGCGAAUGUACGCUGACUGUGAGAUUUCUGCUUGCCUGUUCGAGUUCGGUGACCCGAGACGGCACCAGCGCCAGGUAUAUAGUGGCACUCUCACUUUCUCUAACACCAGUCGCUCACCACCCGUCAAACGCAGCCAUGAGGAGCCUGUAAUCCAUAACACAAACAUUUAUCCCCUUUAUCCACGAUGUCCUCCCCAGGUUGUCUUACUCCUGGCUGUUGCUGCGGCUUCCCAAGACCAGACGCAGAGCUCGCCAGAGGAAACCCAGCAUCAGAAGAGAGAAGCCAAGCCUUCCCCGGGUGGUCACGGCGGUGUACACAUAGUCGACCACGUCGUCACCCAUGGACACGUCGGUGACCACGGGCACGGGCACUCCAUUGGUCACGGCCUUGGCCACGUCCUCUCUGGUCAUGGCUUAGGAUAUGGACACGGCAUUGGUCACGGAAUUAGUGUUGGACACGGUAUUGGUCACGGAAUUGGUGUUGGACACGGUAUUGGUCACGGAAUUGGUGUUGGACACGGUAUUGGUCACGGAAUUGGUGUUGGACACGGCAUUGGUCAUGGAGCAGGCUACGGCCAUGGCCAUGGAGGCCAUAAAUACGUCUCGGAAUAUGGCUUCACCGCUGGACAUGGCCUUCAUGGACACGGUCAUGGACAUGGUCUUUAUGGAUACGGUCAUGGCGGUGGAUUCGGUCAUGGCGGUGGAUUCGGUCUUGGUGGUGGAUACGGUCAUGGUGGUGGAUACGGUCAUGGCGGUGGAUUCGGUCAUGGCGGUGGAUUCGGUCAUGGCGGUGGAUUCGGUCACGGACAUGGACAUGGACAUGGGCACGGGCUAGGACACAUCGUGGGAUAUAGCGUGUCCUACGAACCAUACGGCGCCAACUCCUACCUACCCGUCCACGGAAUCGUGAAACGCGAGGCCGGAGCUGAGGCGAAUCCAGCACCAGUUCCCGAAGCCAAAGCCACACCCAAAUCGCAGUUCGGCUACGGACACGGAGAUGGACAUGGUCAUGGAAUUCUCGUUGGACACGGUAUAGGUGUUGGACACGGCGUAGGUCAUUCAGUAGGACACGGUGUAGGCCAUGGAGUUGGACACGGUGUGGGCCAUGUCGUAGAUAAAGGUGUAGGUAAAGCAGUAGGCCAUGCAGUGAGUCAUGCAGUGGGCAAGGCAGUAGGCCAUGGCGUGGGUCAUGGGGUAGGUCAUGCAGUAGGCCAUGGGGUGGGGCAUGCAGUAGUAGGUCAUGACGUGGGCCAUGGUGUGGGUCACGUAGUUGGCCAUGGCAUAGGUCAUGGGGGAGGUCAUGCAGUAGGCCAUGGAGUGGGUCAUGUUGUAGGCCAUGGCGUGGGUCAUGCAAUAGGUCAUGGUGUAGGGGAUUACGGUCAUCAUGGUGCCAUUCACGAUAUUGGCCUUGGGGUUGCUCACGGCUAUGGCCAUCAUGGUGUGGGUCUGGGAAUUGGUCAUGCAGGGGGUCACGGUGUGGGUCAUCUAGUAGGCCACGGUUUGAGCCAUGUUGCAGGAUAUGGUCAUGGUGUGGGUCUUGGCCACGGUCACCAUGGUCUGGGCCACAGUGUGGGUCAAGUUGUGAGUCAUGGUGUGGGUUAUGGCCAUGGUCACCAUGGUGUGGGUCAUGUAGUGGGUCACGGUGUGGGUCAUGGCCUCGGCCACCAUGGCACGGGUUAUGUAGGAGGUCAUGGUGUGGGUCACGGUCAUGGCGUGGGUCACGUAGGGGGUCAUGGCGUGGGUCACGGUCAUGGCGUGAGUCAUGGUGUAGGUCAUGGUCAUGGCGUGGGUCAUGUAGGGGGUCAUGGCGUGGGUCACGAUGGUAAACACGAUGCUCCCGUUGUGGACCACAGUAUACACAUCUUUGCCGAGGAGGAGAAGCAUGGCGCUGCUCAUGAUUCUCACAAGUUAGGCCAUGGCUAAGCCAUGGAAUUGGCCACGGGAUAGGCCAUGGGCUAGGUCACGGACUAAGCCAUGGGAUAGGUCAAAGCUACUACUAUAACCCGUAUGCAUACAGCCCAUAUACGUCUGGUUAUCACAGAUAGACGUCUACUCUGACGUCGUGUGAUAGCGCUACAUGCAGCGUUCUCAAAGCGACGAAUUCUGAUAUGA